GAGUGUGAUCCAUUCUAUCAGAAGAGAUCAGACUCUUCAGGACUCAGCUGUGUGUUUGUGUAAACUUUACAAAUAUAUAAGAUGGAGACUCCUGAUCUGGACACAGAUAAUGUCUCUACACCAUCAAUCAACUGAGUAAACUUAAGAGAAAGACAUCAGAAUCACCAACACAGCUGUAUCGCCAUAAAGAGUGACUGGUCUAUGGAUUCUCCUGUGAGGUUUAAAGAUGGAGACACAUCACUUCUACACAGUAAACUCCAGAGAAAGAGAUCAGAAUCACCAACACACAGCUGUAUCUCCAUGAAGAGUGACUGGUCUAUGAAUCAUCCUCCUGUGUUUAAAGAUGGAGACUCAUCACUUCUACACAGAGCUCUACAUCACAGAGGGAGACAGUGGAGGAGUCAAUAAUGAACAUGAGGUGAGACAGAUCGAGGCAUCAUCCAGGAGAAGAACAACAGAGAAAACACCAAUCGAAUGCAAUGACAUCUUUAAGCCUUUAUCAGAACAAGACAAACCCAUCAGAACUGUGCUGACAAAGGGAGUCGCUGGCAUCGGAAAAACAGUCUCUGUGCAGAAGUUCAUUCUGGACUGGACUGAAGGGAAAGCAAAUCAGGACGUCCACCUCAUAUUUCCACUUCCUUUCAGAGAGCUGAAUUUGAUGAAGGACCAGACACUGAGUCUGAUGGAGCUCCUUCAUGUCUUUUUUAAGGAAACAAAAGAAACAGAAAUGUCCAGUUUGGAAAAGGUUCUGUUCAUUUUUGACGGAUUGGACGAGUGUCAUUUUCCUCUAGAUUUCCAGAACACAGUGAGAGUGUGUGAUGUAACUGAAUCAGCAUCAGUGCCUGUGCUGCUGAUAAACCUGAUCAAAGGGAAUCUGCUUCCCUCUGCUCUCAUCUGGAUCACCUCCAGACCUGCAGCAGCUGAUCAAAUCCCCUCUGAGUGUGUGGAUCGAGUCACAGAGGUACGAGGGUUCAAUGACCCACAGAAGGAGGAGUACUUCAGGAAGAGGAUCAGUGAUCAGAGCCUGGCCAAUAAUAUCAUCACACACCUGAAGUCAUUAAGAAGCCUCUACAUCAUGUCACAUCCCGUCUUCUGCUUGAUUUCAGCCACUGUUCUAGAGAGAAUGCUGGGUGAAGCAGAGAGUGGAGAGAUCCCCAAGACUCUGACUCAAAUGUACACACACUUCCUCAUCAUUCAGGCAAACAUCAUCAGAGAAAAAUACUCAAAGAAGCAGGAAAGUGAUGAAGAAAUGCUUUUUAAACUGGGACAACUGGCUUUUCAGCAGCUGAAGAAAGGGAACCUGAUCUUCUAUGAUGAAGACUUGAGAGAGUGUGGUAUUGAUGUGAGAGAAGCAGCAGUGUACUCAGGUGUGUGUACUUAGAUCUUCAGAGAGGAGUUUGAGCUUCACCAGAGUAAAGUGUACUGCUUUGUUCAUCUGAGCAUUCAGGAGCAUCUCGCAGCUCUGUAUGUGCACCUGACCUUCAUGAAGGAGAAGAGAAAUGUUCUUAAACAGAAUCAAGGUUCUAAACGUUUGAUGAAAGAAAAAAGAAUAUCGGAUG